AAAUUGUCGGGGAAGACAGCCAAGCAGUAGCAGCCAGAUGUCAUCUGAGGCAUGGAAGACACGAACGUGGAGAAAACCUCGUUUCCUUCACAGGUGUCAGGUGCUUCCUGAACUUGCGCGCUACUCAGGGGAGAGUAGGGAAAACGCCACACACGAAGAACGAAGAGACGAGGAAGCGGGAGAGGAGACGGGCAACACAGACAGGUUGCUUCCUGCGCUCGUAUUUACGUCUGAGGCCCAGACCGUGAUGCAGCCUUCUCUUUGCAGGAGAACGAAAGACUCACGAGUGGGAGAAAAGGCAAAGGGACAUAUCUGCGAGAAAAACGAGGGGGCUGUGGCGUGAAGAGAAAGAGCGACUUGAAUCUCCUCCAGCCGCGAGUAAUUCCACACAAGAAGGAGAUCUGGGGAUAGCGAGGCGAAGGUCCUAAAAACGACAG